AAUUCUUAAACAGGUUUAAGGGAAGAUAGCAUUAACGAGAGGGCCAAAAAAAAAUAAUUAUUGAGCGGAACUGUCACCAUUUUGUGCUGCACCGACUGUCGCCAUGUUCAAAACGGCGAAGCUUUAUUGUGCGUCUAGGAUUUGUCCAGCAAUGCUUUUUAAAUAAAGAAACGGCUUGUUUGAAUAAUUCCAGGCAAACAACAUGAUUGAGCUUCCCAACUACAGCAGCCAGCUGAUGCAGCAGCUGUGGGCUCUGAGGACGGAAGACCACUUUUGUGACUGCACUAUUCUUGUAGGAGGCAACCCUCAUCGUGCACAUAAACUGCUGCUGGCUGCUUCCAGUAUGCUCUUCAGAUCACUGCUGCAGAGUUCUGACACAGUCUCCAUUGACACAGCGUUGGUCUCCUCGCAGGAGUUUGACUGCCUGCUGGACAUGGUCUACACGGGCAAGCUGCCUCUCGGCAAGCACAACGUGAGCCGGAUCAUCGCAGCCGCAGACAGCCUGCAGAUGUUUGACGUGGCUGUGAGCUUUAAGAACGUCCUCACCAACAUCAUCAACCACCAGCCGUCGCCCUCCUCCACCUCCCUGACCUCCACACACAUCACAACCUUGCCCUCAACCAACAAACUCCAAAGUGAGAGUUCAAACAGUCCAAAUCCCGAUGCUGCAGCUUCACCGUGUUCAGAUGCGUCAGUUGAAAGUGCGAUGAAAACAACGGAGAAAAAUGACAGUGGAGAGGAGCCCUCAUGUAAAAAAGUCUGCCAGGAGCUUUCAGAACCCUCGGCGUCUGAAGAAAGUGUUGCACAUGCAAGUGCAAACGAGGAGUCCACCAAGUCCACGCCUGCUUGUUUGCAGUUGAUGGAGCUCCUCGCUAACAUGCCAGAUGUUGUCCAGCUGCUAAGCCAAGCAGCUCACAGCUGUCUGGAUGAAGGGGAGAGACAGCUUGUGAAAGAGUCAUGUGACCUUUCGGAUGCCAAAUCAGCGGUGAAGAAGUUGAUGAGCGACGUGGAGAAGGGACUCAUCGGCGAGCACGCUCUCCUAAGGCUGCUGCUCUGUGUCCAGCAGAAAGCUCCGUCCUCCUUCCCUGAAAAGCUGCUCUCUCAGCUGCAGGACACAGACAAAACCGCUCAAGGGCCAGACGGACACCAGAUUGAAGCCAAGGAGAACAGCACAAGUGACAUGAAGACUCCUGACGAGGAAGAAGAAGACGACGCGUCCGCUAUAUCUUCCAAGCCGUACUGCUGUCACUGGUGCAAGAAGACUUUUGCCUACAAGUGUCGACUGCUGGCCCACAAGAAGCGAUGCACCAAGUCUGGGGACGCCCAGCUGCAGUGUCCACAUUGUCCCGACAAGAUGGCCAACCAGCGCGCUCUACAGCGCCACCUAACUGAUGCUCACCCCAACAGUGACGGAGCCCAGAAGAAGAAGAAGACAAGCUGUAACCUCUGUGAACGGACCUUUGCGCAUCCAUCAGGUAUGAUUUACCACAGGCGGACGGAGCACUUUGACGAGAAACCGUUUGCUUGCAAGACAUGCGGUGCCAGGUUUUCUGCCACCUCGUCACUGAAAAAUCACAUGCGGCUGCACACGGGAGAGAAACCAUACCGCUGUAAACACUGCGACAUGAGCUUCAGCGUGACGGCGGCACUGUCGUACCACACCAAGAAAAAACACUCCGAGGGCAAGAUGUACGUGUGUCAGUAUUGCAAGGCUGUCUUUGCCCAGUCCAUCGAGCUGUCGCGACACGUGCGAACACACACUGGUGAUCGCCCAUACGUGUGUCGGGAAUGCGGUAAAGGUUACAUUCAGGCCAGUGGAUUGACUGCGCACCUGCAGACUUUUCAUAACAUGCAGCAUCCUCUGGACUGUCUAAAGUGCUGCCUCAGCUUCCAGACUUUAGAGGAGCACCAGAAGCACGUAGAGGAAUUCCACGUGAAGGAUUUCCACAAGUGUUCCACCUGCAACAAGGUGCUCACCAGCACCGUCCUGCUGGAAAAACACAAGACUCUACACACAGGAAUCAAACCCUUCACCUGCAACCUGUGCAACAAGUCUUAUCAGCAACUGUCUGGGCUGUGGUACCACAACAGAACCAAUCACCCUGACGUAUAUACCAGCCAAACGCGACAGCUGAAGACUCUGGUCCAGUGUGAGACCUGUUUCCGAUUCUUCCCCAGUUCCGCCAGCUUGGCCAAACACACACAAAGUGAACAUGAAGGUCUCGCAGCAUCUUCCGUACACUGCCCGCAUUGUCAAAUUGUGUUUGGCGAGCAUGAUGAGUUGCAGGAACAUAUCAACUCCCAGCACACCAAAGGUGUCAAUCGAUGGAUCUGUCCACUGUGCAACCUUGUUAGCGCCUCCCACUUGCAGCUGCAGGAGCACCUGUCUUCUCACAUGGACGCACAGCAAGAAAGCAAGGAGGAGCAAACUGCUACAACACACAAGGCAACAUCUGAAGAGCAAGCAGCAGGUGAUGGCUCUGCUGAACACCCUCAGCUCGCUGUCACCCAACAGGUGUUUGUGGCUGUAGACAACCCAGCAGAGGUGGUGGAGGUCAACAUGUUUGACCUCCUGAACAAUUCUGUCACCUUCAUCUGUGAAGACAAAACACCCGAAACAUCGUAGAUCAUAGCAGCCUUUUGUCAGGAAACUCCUUGCAACAUUUAUUAUAUUUAUGGAUUUGCCCCCUCAGCAAAUAUUCUUCAAAGCAAGAAAACUAAGACUACGUUUACACUGCAGGCCAACGUAGAUUUAAAAAAAAAAAAUCUGAUUGGCAACACUAAAUGUCUGAAUGUUGUCUGUCUGAGGGUGUACUCUGCCUUCAGCCCGAAUGCAGCUGGGAUAGACUCCUGCACCCCCUGCAACCUCCAGAGGGACAAGCGGUAGAAAACGGAUGAUUUUUCCAGUUGUCUGUUUACGCUGCAAGUAAAAUGUGAUCUUUAUCGGACUGUAAACUGGCACAGGCCCCAAUGUGGCCUCGACGUCACUUGCAUGCGCAGUUGGAUAAAGUGAAAACAAAGGACGUUGACCAGAUUCCCUAAAUGAACAAGGAAGUUCAACCCAAUGGGAACAAUGAGAAACCUCGGAAGGGACCGCAGAUGUGAGGUUCCGACUUGGAACAGCUAGCGCCUCCUCAGUGGAGGCUGAUCUGUGGUCAGCUGAUAACCUCUCCACGCAGGAGAGGGGGGCAGAGCAGAAAAGAGAGACAACAGAUCAACUGGUCUAAAAAGGGGUCUAUUUAAAGGCUAGAGUAUACGAAUGAGUUUUAAGAUGGGACUUAAAUGCUUCUACUCCUGUCGUGGCCUGAAUCUGCUGCGAAAAGAGCAGAUUAGAAGCUCUCUGGAGCGAUGUGUGUCACUUGAGGGAAAACAAAAUCUGAUUUGGUGUGCAGUGUAAACGGGCCUUUAUGAACAUCCAGUUUGCUCUCCAGUCUUUUGAAGCUAGUAAUUAGUCUACUAAUAAUAAUUAGGCAUGUGAAUUAAAACAAUACAAGUCCACACUUGUAUUCUCAAGUCCAAAUACACAAAUAGUUUUUUUUAUAUUUAAAUUCCUAAAAAAAACAAUAGGAUUACAAUAAAAGAUGUGAUAUAAGUGUAGAUUUUAAGCUUUACGGAAAAAUAUAAUUUUUACUAAUAAAUGUAUCAUUUAACUUGAGAAAUAAUUGUGAUUCUUUCUUUUACAGGGGAACUGCCCUUUUUGUGGAUUUGUGCCUAUCAUUCAAAAUCCUUUAGUGAGACAAGAACAUGCUUUUCUUUUUUUAUGCAUUAUAAAAAGUAAAUAAAUGCGAUCAAAAGUCUACUUACAAUUCAGCCUAUGGGAGCCACUGUAUUCUGCCUGUAAAUCCCUUAAAAGAACAUCCAAACACCUCCAUUAAGGUUUUAUAUACAUGAUGUAAGUAUAUAUGUAAUGUAGUAACAGGCACAUUUAGAAUAUUUACGUAUUUUCAUAAUUUUAAGCAUAUGCAUGAAUUUAAAAAACGAAUCACAAUGUUCACUUUUUUUCCAACAUCAUCACUGAUCACUACUCACCGCAGACUUUAAAGGCCAACACAAAUACGGUAAUAAAACAUCACUUACUGUACAAUGUCUGCUGUCAUCAGGAUGCUGACUGAGAUCAUCUUAUUUUAUUCCCGUUUUGAUAAAGGAUGACUCAAAAAACGGGUGGAACAAAGCGUGUUUUUCGUGUCGUUCUUGCCAUAUCCAGGUCUAAAUUGGCUGUCAAAGUGUACCAACUUGUCGGAAUACGCCAAAAGAAGCAGCUCACCAGUCAAUGAAGUCAACAUAGGCACUAAUACUACAUGCGAGUGACCACAGCACCUCUAUAAAUAGUUCGCCUGCAUGAGCGCUUGUAAUAACGAUAUCACAAAUACUUGGUUAAUAUUCAAGUGACGAAAUGUAAAUGGAGUAUUUUUGGUGCUUUUUGCACUUUUCUUUAAUUGGGUUUAAUGGGCAGAAUAGAGGAUUGGCUCCAUUGUAAUCACACUUUUAUUUACAAAUUAGAAUGCAUUAAAAAAAUACAUCCACCAUAAUGUUUCUCAUUAUGCUUGUGAACAAUAGGCAAUUGAUUAAAUUGAUUAACGUGGACCCCGACUUAAAGGCCUACUGAAACCCACUACUACCGACCACGCAGUCUGAUAGUUUAUAUAUCAAUGAUGAAAUCUUAACAUUGCAACACAUGCCAAUACGGCCGGGUUAACUUAUAAAGUGCAAUUAUAAAUUUCCUGUGAAACUUCCGGUUGAAAACGUCUAUGUAUGAUGACGUAUGCGCGUGACGUCAAUGGUUGAAGCGGAAGUAUUCGGACGCAUUGUAUCCCAAUACAAACAGCUCUGUUUUCAUCUAAAAUUCCACAGUAUUCUGGACAUCUGUGUUGGUGAAUCUUUUGCAAUUUGUUUAAUGAACAAUGGAGACUGCAAAGAAGAAAGCUGUAGGUGGGAUCGGUGUAUUAGCGGCUGGCUGCAGCAACACAACCAGGAGGACUUUGAGGUGGAUAGUAGACGCGCUAGCCGACGCUAGCCGCCGACAGCAUCGAUGAUCGGGUGAAGUCCUUCGUUGCGCCGUCGAUCGCUGGAACGCAGGUGAGCACGGGUGUUGAUGAGCAGACGAGGGCUGGCGUAGGUGGAUAGCUAAUGUUUUUAGCAUAGCUCUGAGGAGGUCCCGUAGCUAAGUUAGCUUUAAUGGCGUCGUUAGCAACAGCAUUGCUAGGCUUCGACAGGCUGGACAGCAUUAACCGUGUAGUUACAGGUCCAGUGUUUGGUUCGGUGUCUCCUGAUAGUAGUAUUGUUGAUCUUCUGUCUAUCCUUCCAGUCAGGGGCUUAUUUAUUUUGUUUCUAUCUGCAUUUAAGCACGAUGCUAUCACGUUAGCUCCGUAGCUAAAGUGCUUCACCGAUGUAUUGUCAUAGAGAUAAAAGUCACUGUGAAUGUCCAUUUUGCGUUCUCGACUCUCAUUUUCAAGAGGAUAUAGUAUCCGAGGUGGUUUAAAAUACAAAUCCGUGAUCCACAAUAGAAAAAGGAGAAAGGUACAAGGGCUCAUUGGAUUCCACACUAAGUUACGGUCAGAGCGAAAAAAGAUACGUCCUGCACUGUACUCUAGUCCUUCACUCUCACGUUCCUCAUCCUCGCUCAAAUUAAUGGGGUAAUCGUCGCUUUCUCGGUCCGAAUCGCUCUUGCUGCUGGUGUAAACAAUGGGGAAAUGUGAGGAGCCCUUCAACCUGCGACGUCACGCUACUUCCGGUACAGGCAAGGCUUUUUUUUAUCAGCGACCAAAAGUUGCGAACUUUAUCGUCGAUGUUCUCUACUAAAUCCUUUCAGCAAAAAUAUGGCAAUAUCGCGAAAUGAUCAAGUAUGACACAGAAUGGAUCUGCUAUCCCCGUUUAAAUAAGAACAUUUCAUUUAAGUAGGCCUUUAAACAAGUUGAAAAACUUAUUCGGGUGUUACCAUUUAGUGGUCAAUUGUACAGAAUAUGUACUGUACUGUGCAAUCUACUAAUAAGUCUCAAUCAAUCAAUCAAAAUUCCAAACAAGUGCAGUCCCCCUUUAAGUAGAUACAGUACUUUCCAUAAAAUACUGCAAUUCAAAUGAUCGUUCAAAAUUAUACAGAAUGUUUAUCAGUCAAUAAAGUGUUCAUUAUUUAUUGUGUUUUAGUUGGAGUAUUUGAUUUCUAUUAUGACAUGUGUUGGUUGGUUUGAUUAUCAUUAGUAACUGAUUAGUCAUUCUAUGACUCUGGAAGAGCACAUGCAGGGAGUAGUGUAGCUACAGUUAUGAAUGUUGACAAUAAAGUGCUAUUACUGUUGUUGUACACUAACUGUAAAUGAAGAUGUCAAUAUUUAGCUUUUUCCUGCCUUUAAUGCUUUCCAUCAGGAUGUGUUGCUCCUCGGCUGCAAUUCUCUCUCAUCCUCCCCUUCCGCUAGGUAGCUAAUAUGGCGACUAUUCAUGGUGUUAAAUGUUCAUCACUGUUUAUUCAUCCUCUGCUGAUAAAAUGAAAGCUGCUAAGUAAAAAAAAUCUCAUGACAGCAUCUUGGAGUGAAAUAUUCUGCUUGGUAGAUUAAAAACGUGACACUUUCAUUCAAUUGUACUGAUCGUGUACUGCAUUUAGUCCAGCAGAAGCAGACAUAAGUACUUCUUUGAACACAAUUAUGUAUUUAAAAAGACGGUAAAAGGUAGGGCUGCUAAACUUUGGGUGUCCCACGAUUCGAUUCAAUAUCGAUUCUUGGAGUCACGAUUCGAUUAUAAAUCUAUUUUUUUCCGAUUCAGCGCGAUUCUCGAUUCAAAAACGAUAUUUUUCCGAUUCAAAACGAUUCUCUAUUCAUUCAAUACAUAGGAUUUCAGCAGGAUCUACCCCAGUCUGCUGAUAUGCAAGCAGAGUAGUAGAUUUUUGUAAAAAGCUUUUAUAAUUGUAAAGGACAAUAUUUUAUCAACUGAUUGCAAUAAUGUAAAUUUGUUUUAACUAUUAAAUGAACCAAAAAUAUGACUUAUUUUAUCUUUGUGAAAAUAUUGGACACAGUGUGUUGUCAAGCUUAUGAGAUGUGAUGCAAGUGUAAGCCACUGUGACACUGUUGUUCUUUUUUUUUUUCAUAAAUGUCUAAUGAUAAUGUCAAUGAGGGAUUUAAUCACUGCUAUGUUGAAAUUGUUACUAAUAUUGAUACUGUUGUUGAUAAUAUUCAUUUUUGUUUCACUACUUUUGGAUUGUUCUGUGUCGUGUUUGUGUCUCUCAAUUGCUUCUGAGUGUUGCUGGGUCGGGUUUGGUUUUGGAUUGCAUUGUUAUGGUAUUGCCGUGUACUGUUUUGUUGGAUUGAUUAAUAAAAAAUAACAAUAAAUC